AUGGCAGUCAGGACGCUCCACAGGAACCCUCUGCAGGCUGCGUGGCUGUGUGGUCUGCUGGCUGCUCAGGUGCUCAGCUGUCCAGACUCCUGCAGCAAGUGUUCAGGCCCAGAACAUGACCAGUGUGAGCAAUGCAGAGCAGGAUGGACACUCCACAAUAACACCUGUGUAGACAUUGAUGAGUGUGGCACUGAGCUGGGUGUCUGUCCUACAAACAGAUACUGCUUCAAUACACAGGGUUCGUUUGAGUGCAGAGAUUGCGACCCGGCCUGUGUGGGCUGUAUGGGCAGUGGACCAGCACGCUGCAGGAAGUGUGCCUCUGGGUACUCAUUGACAGGGUCCAAAUGUUUGGAUAUAGAUGAAUGCAGUGACAGGGUACUUGCCUGCCAUGGUCUGGAUGAGAUCUGCAUCAACACAGAAGGCUCUUUCCGCUGUGACUGUGCUGAGGCAUUCAUCCACAAAGAUGGUGUCUGUGUGAAGAAGCAGCAGUCUCGCGUUCAGGACAAAGGUCUGUUUGAGGAUAUCCAGGACGACGAGGUGGAGGUGCUGCAGCAGAUGUUCUUCGGGGUGGUGCUUUGUGCUCUGGCCACACUAGCUGCCAAAGGAGAUAUGGUCUACACAUCUGUAUUUAUGGGGGCAGUGGCAGCCAUGGCAGGGUACUGGCUUUCUGACAGGGGGGACCGUUUGUUAAACAACUUUGUCAGCGGACGUUAACACAAAUAGUACAUGCUGUAUGCCAGCAACUUAAACAAUUACUGUUCAGAAAAUGCAACUGAAUCGUGCGCAUUCACUUUUGUUAUAAACAAUAUUAGUUUUUGAUAUGAAAGUAUUUUGCUCUGAAAGAUGGUCAUAUUUGUCACACUUUUCUCUCAGUUAGAGAAAUUGUUGUGGCAAAACUUUUAAGCACUGAACUAUUCAUUGCUAUCAGGAUGUUAAGAGCAUUCCAUGGAAUAUAACAAGAAUUACCUAUACCCUACCUUUUAAGGUGUUUGUGCAGAACCAACCUUUCCUUUAAUUCGAAAUAUUUUAAUAAAAUUCAAGUUUUGUUACAUGAACCUGGAGAAGUGACACUUUUCUCUGUCCCUGCAGCUUCUCUCCGCUGACUACAUCUUUUUCUUUCCCCCACUGGCAGGAUGUUCUUUACAUUUUUUGAGUUUUCAUUAAGUCUGUGGUAACGAGUUUCUCAAAAGGAAUGUGGUUGUUUAUUCUUGGCGCACUUACCAGUCUAGUAGAAAGUUGUUAUGGUGUUAGACAUUUUUCUAGCUUUAGAUGCCUUGUUUUGGUAUUUGGUGCCAACAAAAUAAAAUGUUAUUAACUAUAGAUAGAUUUAAAAAUAAUUAAUACAGCUUGCUUGGAUUCUCUCCUGAUACUGUAUCAAUGACAUUGUAUUUGCAUUCACGAAAAAUAAAGUUUUUACCUGUA